AAGUGUUCCAGAACUCCAUUGCUUUAAAUCAGUAAUAUUGAAUGUUGCGUCUGCAUUAUGAUGGUCAUUCCAACCACAUUGUGACCUUACACCUUAAAGUGCUAAAUGAGCUCACUUAAUCAGGCGUACCUCCAUUACUGCACCCGAAGUUCUAGCUGACUGCGUGGCGCUUGGAACUUGGUACAUCUAUGCAACGGAGUCACUAUGAAAGAAACUGCGGUCAAACCUCUAACACUGCCUCAGGAAGAGGUAUUCCCUGAGGGGUAUACAAACCUUGCUUUCAUUGGCGAUGAGAAAGCCAAAGAGGAGCCCUUGCCUGUUGAAACUGCCUCAAAACCAAAGAAACACCGACUGUUCAAGAAGGACAAACCAGAAGACCGAAAAGAAAUUGUGAAGCCCAUUGGAUUCUUUCAGCUGUUUCGCUAUGCCACUCCUCUGGAAACCAUCCUGAUGCUCAUAGGCAUAUUCUGUGGUGUAGUGCAUGGCGUCAGCCUGCCAGUCCUGUUGGUGGUGUUUGGAAAGAUGACGGACAGUUUUGUCGAGAGUGGGCAACAGCAUAAUCUGACAGCCGCCAAUUUAACAGUGAAUGUGAACUCCUCAGAAUGUACCAGUACAGACAUUGAAGCUAGGGUAUCUAUGACCUGCUAUUACUUUCUGGGAAUUGGAGCAGCAGUGAUCUUCUUUGGAACUUUUCAAACUAUGGUAUUUCUGCUGACUGCCACCACACAGACUAAACGGAUUAGGUCAAAAUACUUCCAUGCCAUCCUUCAUCAGCCCAUGGAAUGGUUUGAUACACAUCAGCUUGGUGUGUUAAACAUCAGAUUAACAGAGGAUAUUAACACUAUCAAAGAUGGACUGGGUGACCAUAUUGGCAUCUGUGUGGAGCAUUUCACCACAUUUUUGGCUGGAAUAAUUGUUGGCCUUUACCAUGGCUGGAAACUGUCCCUAGUCAUCCUCUCAGUCGGUCCAAUCAUUGCAGGAUCUGCUGCUGUCUGGUCAAAAGCCCUUCGCACCCUGGGUAGCAAAGAGCUCUCGGCGUAUGCCAAGGCUGGAGCGGUAGCUGAAGAAAUGCUUGUCUCAAUCAGGACAGUUGUGGCUUUCAAUGGACAGAAUCAAGCAGUUGAGAAAUAUGAGACCAAGUUAGAGGAUGCAAAAAACUUAGGCCUCAAGAAGGCCAUUGUCACCAAAGCAUCCAUUGGCGUGGCUCAGUUAUUUGUGUAUGGGACACAUGCACUGGGGCUCUGGUAUGGAACACAGCUUACUGUCGAUGAACCAGAAAACUACAGCAUCGGAAGAGUUUUGAUCGUGUUCAUGGCAGUGAUUAUGGCAUUAUCCAAUUUGAACGAAGGAGUCUCACACUUGGAGGCUAUAGUGAAGGCCCAGGGUGCAGCCAGUGAGAUCUACAACACAAUUGACAUGCAUCGCCCAAUUGACAGUAGUUCAAAGGAAGGCCACAAACCAGAUCGUGUGAUAGGAAACAUUGAAUUCAAGAACAUCCAAUUCAGUUACCCCUCCAGGAAGGAUGUAACGAUCCUGAAGAGCAUGAGUCUUAAGAUCCCCUGUGGGAAGACCAUUGCCCUGGUUGGAGCCAGUGGCUGCGGGAAGAGCACCACCAUACAGCUCCUCCAGCGUUUCUAUGACCCCGACGUAGGAGAGGUCCUGCUGGAUGGCCACGAUGUCCGCUCCCUCAACUUGAAGUGGCUGAGACAAAACAUGGGCAUUGUGAGUCAGGAACCUGUGCUCUUUGGCACGACCAUUGAGCAGAACAUCCGCUACGGACGUGAGGAUGCCACCAAUGAGGACAUUGAGCGGGCAAUCCGGGAGGCCAAUGCCUAUGACUUCAUCUCCAAGCUCCCUGACAAGCUGGACACCGUGGUGGGGGAUCGGGGUGCCCAGCUGAGUGGGGGGCAAAAGCAGAGGAUCGCCAUCGCCCGCGCGCUGGUCAAAAACCCCAAGAUCCUUCUGCUGGAUGAGGCCACAUCAGCGCUGGACACGCAGAGCGAGGCCAUCGUUCAGGCGGCGCUGGACAAGGCGAGAGCUGGCCGCACAACCAUUGUCAUUGCCCACCGCCUGUCAACCAUCAGAACGGCUGACAUCAUUGCCGGAUUCGACAAUGGUGUGGUAACGGAAUUGGGGACACACAGCGAACUGAUGAAUUUGAAAGGAAUCUACUACUCUCUUGUUAUGCAGCAGAGUUCAGAGAAAGACAGUGAAAGCGAGUCAACUGAGUGGGACACUUCCGAUGUGUCAUCUGAUGAGGCGAAUGAAGAGGACCAAAAUCAGGCAUCGGUGGGAAACGAGCUCUUUGCCAGAAAUAGCUUCAGACGGAGGUCUUCCAAAAAAAGAAAAUCCAGGAAAAGAAGCAAGAAAUUUGCAAAAAAAGGGAAAAAGGAUGAGGAGCCUCUCCCUGACAUCCCUUUCACCAGGAUGCUUGCCCUGAGCAAACCGGAGUGGCCAUACCUGCUGCUGGGGGCCCUCUCCAGCUUGGUAUAUGGAGCUAUUUAUCCUUGUUCCGCCAUCCUCUUGGCCAAAAUCAUUGGAGCGUUUGCUGAGAUUGAUCCUGAAGUGAGACGUGAAAGGACCUUGUUUUUCUCCUUGCUUUUCCUUGCUGUUGGAGGAAUGGCUUUUUUGUCUUCCUUCUUACAGGGAUUCUCGUUUGGUAAAUCUGGUCAGCUUUUAACUAUGAGACUUCGAAGCCAGUCUUUCUCUGCUAUGAUGAGACAGGAAAUUGGCUGGUUUGAUAACAGCAGAAAUGCUGUAGGAGUCUUGACGACAAGGUUGGCCACUGAUGCUUCACAGGUGAAAGGGGCGGUCGAAUCCAGUCUGUCCCUGGGCAUCAGCGCGACCUCUUCUCUCCUUAUUGCCAUACUGGUGGCCUUCGUCCACAGCUGGCACCUCAGCCUCCUCCUCAUCGGCUGUGUGCCCUUACUCCUCGUUUCCAGAAUCAUUCAGAUGGGGUCCGAAUCUGGAUAUGCUUCUAAGGACCGGAGUGCUCUGGAGCUCUCUGGAAAGAUAUCCACGGAGACUGUGGAAAACAUCCGGACUGUUGCAGCAUUAACUCUGGAGGACGUCUUCUUUCGCAAGUUCAUGACCAGUCUGAGCGGACCAUACAGGGUUGGAUUGAUAAAAGCACCGAUUCAUGGAGUGACUUUCGGCUUCGUUCGGACAGUACCAUACCUCAUCAGAGCUGCAGUGUUUCGGUUUGGGGCCUGGCUGAUUGCUAACUGCUACAUUGAAUAUGAAAGUGUUUUCAUGGUAGUUAUUGUGAUCACAUUUGCUGCCAUGGGUAUUGGGAGGGCCACGUCGUCUUCUCCAGAUAUUGCCAAAGCAAAAGCUUCAGCACAGAGCAUCUUGGCUUUGCUGGAGCAGAAGCCGGAGAUUGACAUAUGCAAUGACGAAGGAGAGAAGCUGACUGACUGUGCGGGUAACCUCGAGUUCCGCGGCAUCCACUUUGCGUACCCUAUGCGGCCCAACGUCAAGGUUCUGCAGGGCUUGACCGUGUCAGUGGGGCCUGGUCAAACCCUGGCACUGGUCGGGGGGAGCGGCUGUGGGAAGAGCACAUCCAUCCAGCUGCUGGAGCGCUUCUAUGACCCGGCGACUGGACAUGUGUACAUGGAUGGGCAGGACACUAAGAAGCUGAACCUGACGUGGCUCCGCUCCCAGCUGGGACUGGUGUCUCAGGAGCCCACCCUGUUUGACAGCACCAUUGCUGAGAACAUCCAGUAUGGAGACAACAGCCGCGUCUUGUCUCAGGAGGAGAUUGAGGAUGCAGCCAAGAAUGCCAACAUUCACAACUUUAUCCUCAGUCUGCCAGAGAAAUAUAAUACCAGAGUUGGGGACAAAGGCACCCAGCUUUCAGGAGGACAGAAGCAACGGAUUGCCAUUGCACGGGCGCUGGUUCGUCGGCCAAAGGUUUUGUUACUGGAUGAGGCCACGUCUGCACUGGACACAGAAAGUGAGAAGAUCGUUCAGAAGGCUCUGGACAAUGCGCGCCUGGGGCGCACAUGCAUUAUCAUCGCCCACCGCCUCUCCACCAUUCAGAACGCUGACAUCAUUGCGGUCAUCCAGAACGGGAUGGUCAUCGAACAAGGCACGCAUGGGCAGCUGAUGGCCAGACGCGGAGCGUACCACGCCCUCGUCAACGCCCAGGGGUCUCACUGAAGGCCAGGCGGCAUUAUGAUACAGUGGUUUGGGAGCUGCGAUUUUGACCAAGAACCUGCUCUUUCAUUUAAGUAGGUCAUUUGUCAUUCACACAUUCUGGUCCACUUCAGAGACUCUGUUACCUCAAAAUUUAACCAUACUGUACCACACCAUUGUCCGUGAACAAUUUCAGGAAAUUCAAGGAAUUAUCUCAGUGUAGGAUCUUUUGGACACUAUAUUGAAAGAAUUGAAAGUUUAUAAACGUGGUAAGUUCCCGGAGACAAUCUUGCUACUGUUAAUAAUAUAAUUUUGGCUAUAUUAAAGAAAUAGUUUGCUUUCUGGAUUUUUUAGAAAAAAGAUUUAUUGUAUGUUUUCAAUUGGCCCAGACAGGUUUUUUUUUAAUUUUUAGAGAAAUUUCUGAUGAUCCCCCAGCUUUACAGUGGCAUGCAUAGGAUGACAUUUAGGGGUUUUUGGCAAAAGAAAUAAAGUGCAUUUUAAGUCACUCCAAAGCAGCAUUUACCAGCACUAUAUAAAACACCAGGAAGUAAAGUAUCCCUUAAAAGUGAUUUUGAAUUACUGAUGAUGUUUAUACAAGCCAAGAAAUCCAUCACAAACAUGUCAGGCCAAUUGUCAGAUGUCCGUGUUCCUGAUAAAUUGGUGAUUAUUGUUAUUAUCUACCAUAUUUUGUUAUUAACUACUUAACCAUUAAUGUCUUUAAUCGUCAUACAUAUUUUAGCAAAUGGUUGUUUCAGAUUAACUUUUUUUAAAAUCUGUUAGCUAGGUGUAUGUCUACUAAUUACACAGCAUCGCUGGAUAAUUAGUGAAUUGCUUUUUAUAACGCUGUGUGCUUUAUAUGUACAAAAGCAGGCGUGAUUUAGUAUAGUUAAAUUCUGUAGUGAAUGUAAAAUACGUUUUGUCAUGUUUUCCCAAUUAAAUAUUUUUUCAUUGUGCUAUUUA